AUUGUUACUCACCAACACGCUCCGUUUAUCUUCACGCAGUUUCACACUGGAAGCUGCCCCAUUGUUAGCCUGCCGCCACCCGCUCGAGCACGUCGCCAACUCCCCCGUGCUCAUCUUGACGCGCUCCGUCCGGAGCGUGGUUCACGUCUCUUUCUUGCGCUCGCGCGUGCGUCUUUCAAUCCGGCCGCAGACCGCGAGAGCCCGGCCAACGGCGACGGUCCCGAGACGUUUUCGUGCCCCGUCUGCGGCAGGGGCUUCGUCAAGGCGCGCGCGUUCAGCGACCACGUGAGGCGUCACCGGGCCGAGCCCGGCGCGCGACGCCCGGUUCGCGGCGACCCCCGUCCGCUCGUGACGAAGUUCAAGGUCGCCUCCGAGAGCCGCGGGGCGACGGGCGCCCCCCCCGCCGAGAGGCCCUUCGGGUGCCCCCUGUGCGACAGGGCCUUCAAGCGCAAGAAGUGCCUCGAGGCGCACGCGAGGACGCACACGGGCGAGCGGCCCCAUGUGUGCCCCGUGUGCGGCAGGGCCUUCGCGUGGCGGACGCAGCUCGGCUACCACGCGCGGACCCACACAGGCGAGCGGCCCCACGUGUGCCCCGUGUGCGGCAGGGCCUUCACGGCCUCCUCGGAGCUGAAGAUCCACGCGCGGACGCACACGGGCGAGGACCUGCACGCGUGCCCCGUGUGCGGCCGGAGCUUCACGCUGCCGGGGAAGCUCAAGCUGCACAUGCGGAUCCACACGGGCGAGAGGCCCUGCGGCUGCGCCGUGUGCGGCAAGGCCUUCAGGCGGCCGGGGGACCUCAACUCUCACAUGAGGACGCACACGGGCGAGAAGCCGCACCUGUGCUCCGUGUGCGGCAAGGGCUUCGCGUGGUCCAGCAACCUGAAGGUGCACGCGAAGACGCACACGGGCGAGAGGCCGUACGGGUGUCCCGUGUGCGGCAAGGGCUUCGCGCGGCCGGGGGACCUGAACUGCCACGCGAAGACGCACACCGGCGAGCGGCCGCACCUGUGCCCCGUGUGCGGCAAGGGCUUCGCCGAGUCGGGGAAGCUCAGGGAGCACACGAGGUGCCACACGGGGGAGAAGCCGCACGCGUGCCCCACGUGCGGCAAGGCCUUCGCGCAGUCGUCCAAGCUGAAGAACCACGUGGCCAUCCACGCCGAGAGGCCGCACAUGUGCACCGUGUGCAAGAGGACGUUCGCCGAUCCGACGAAGCUCGAGGCCCACGCGGGCACCCACGCCGAGGCGGGGAAGGGGGACGAGGAGGAGGAGGAGGAGGAGAAGGCGGCGUCCGGGUCGGCCGCGCAAACAACGCCGGUCCGCGGGGGACGCCCGGCCGCCGAGAGCAGGCAUGCGUGCCCCGUGUGCGGGCGGGGCUUCCCCGGGCGGCAGAAGCUGGAGCUGCACGUGAGGACGCACACGGGGGAGAGGCCGUGCAAGUGCGGCGUGUGCGGGAAGGGAUUCGCGCAGCCGUCGAGCCUCAAGACCCACGUGGCGACCCACGGCGGCGAGAAGCCCCACCUCUGCUCGGCGUGCGGCAAGACGUUCGCGCAGUCGGGCAGCCUGAGGACGCACGCGAGGCUGCACGCGGGCGCGAGGGCUUUCCCGCGACCGACGGACCUCGACGGCCACGCCGAGGCCCACCACGCCGCGGAGGCGGGCGGCGACGGCGGCUGCGCCGGCGAGGAGAAGGCGCUCGCCUGCGCCGCGUGUGGCAAGGCCUUCCAGGCGGCCAAGCAGCUGCGGUGGCACCUGGCGAACGCCUGCGCCGAGGCGUUCGCCGAGCCGGGGAAACUGCGCUAGCACCUGAGGGGCGCGCACCGGCGAGAGGCUGCACGGGUGCGACGCGUGCGGCAGGGCCUUCGCCGAGAGGGAGUACCUCCGCAAGCACCGGCGGGCGGACGCACGCCGCCGACGGCGCCAACUCGACAGAGUGAAUUUCGAAGGGGGAAUUGGGUCGUGGAUCCACGGGCGGGAGAGCGGAUGCCCGGAAAGAUGAUCGAAGUUCUCUCUCUCUCUGGAGAGAGAGAGAGAAUACGAAAGCACUGAUUAUUCAGACUUUAAGAUUGUAUUCAUUUCAGGCCCCCAGUCUUUUGAGUGUUGAGUUGAUGUUGAUUCAUUACGUGGAUAACGGUCCCGUUCAUCCAGUUGCCCGGCUAUUUUACACGGGAGAUUUAUGGGUGGUGUGCGAGCACAGUGGCAGCAGUGGCAGCAGCGGCUGCAGCAGCAGCAACAACAAAGACUACAGCGUCAACAUUGGUGAAAAAUAGGGAUGGGUUUUAACCUUUCUGGCACUAAAACAGGGGUUGUUGUUAACAUGUUCAAACGCCUUUUGCAAGGCAUCACGUCUGCACUAAGCACGCAUUCGUGUGGCAAAGCAUGCAAACUAACAUGCUUUGAUAAUAUGUACAGGUAGUCCCCGACUUACGAUGGUCCGACUCACGAUAUUUCGAUCUGACGAUGGCGAUUAGCGAUACGACAAAAUUGUAAAAUAUUUAAAAUGCCGCGCCUCAGGCAAACGCAGCAGCAUACUACAAGGUACGACACUGUAACUUGAUCAUCGCCAUCCUCCUCUUCCGACAACUAAGUUAAUGUGGCCAUCGACAACCUAAACAUCGUUCAAGUAUGCAGACGACGGACAGAAUCUUGGUGAGUAACAGUACUAUAUGAUACGUUGCGAUACGUUCAAUGCACGUGUGAUACGCAGCUUUAGCGAAGAAAAAGCUUUAGCGAUUUCAUUUUAGGGUUACUACGAUACGUUAAAUGCAUGUUAAAAGUUUUAUAUAGCGGAUAGGAUUGUUUCCUGAAAAAACUUUAUAUUAAAUUGCAGCUCAUAUAGGUAGGCCAAGAAUUUACCUUGUUUUUUUACUUUUAAUUUGACUGCAAUACAGUAUUGUAAUUAAUAAAUACGUACAGUAUAUAGUUUAUACAGUACGGUACUGUAAAUUACUCUGUUUUUGCUAAAUUAUC